AUGGCUGCUGCCAACGCCUCCAACAUCCCUCCGCCGCCCGUCGUCGUCAAGACGUCCGGCGGCAACUCGGCCUACCACAACUUUCACAAUGACUUCGCCCACGUCGCCGACGUCAACGAGCGACGUCGUCUCGCCCUCGCCGAGAUCGACAAGGCUCCCUUUGGCUGGUACCACAUCCGUGCCUGCGUCGUCGCCGGCGUCGGCUUCUUCACCGAUUCCUACGACAUCUUCACCGCCUCCCUCCUCACCGUCAUGCUCGGCAUCGUCUACUUCCCCGGCCAGGGUGCCAUGCCCAAGAGCUCCGACAACGCCAUCAAGCUCGCCACCUCGGCCGGCACCGUCGUCGGCCAGCUCGGCUUCGGCAUGCUCGCCGAUGUCGUCGGCCGGAAGAAGAUGUACGGUCUCGAGCUCAUCCUCAUCAUCUUCGCCACCAUCAGCCAGGCCUUGACCAGCGGCUCGCCCUCCUGCGACAUCAUCGGCCUCAUCAUCUUCUGGCGCGUCCUCAUGGGUAUCGGAAUCGGUGGCGACUACCCGCUCUCGAGCAUCAUCACCUCCGAGUUUGCCACCACCAAGUGGCGCGGCGCCAUGAUGGCCGCCGUCUUCGCCAUGCAGGGCAUCGGCCAGCUCGCCGCCGCCCUCGUCAUGCUCUUCGUCACCCUCGGUUUCAAGGAGUCGCUUGUCGGUGCCGCCAGCACAAAGGUCUGCACCGGCGACUGCCAGGUCGCCGUCGACAGGAUGUGGCGGAUCCUCAUCGGCUUCGGCGCCGUGCCCGCCUGCAUUGCCCUUUACUUCCGCCUGACCAUCCCGGAGACCCCCCGCUACACCUUUGACGUCGCCCGCGAUGUCGAAAAGGCCCAGGUCGACGUCAAGGCCUACGUGGCGGGCAAGAACGAGGGCGAGCCGGAUGCCCUUGCUCAGGUCGAGACCAACCGCGCCGCCGAGACGGAGCUCGAAGUUCCCAAGGCCAGCUGGACCGACUUCUUCCGUCACUACAGCAAGCUCAAGAAUGCCGGUCUCCUCCUCGGCACCGCCGGCUCGUGGUUCGUCCUGGACGUGGCAUUCUACGGCUUGUCGUUGAAUAACGCUCAGAUUCUCGACACCAUUGGCUUCUCGACGGACCAGAACAAAUCGAGCAACGUGUACCAGUACCUGUACAACAUUGCUGUCGGCAAUCUCGUCAUCGUCCUGGCCGGUGCUGUCCCGGGAUACUGGGUGUCCGUCGCCACCAUUGACACGCUCGGACGCAAAAAGAUUCAGCUUGGUGGCUUCAUCAUCCUCACCAUCCUCUUCAUCGCCAUGGGCUUCGCCUACCACAGCUUGACGGCCAACGGCCUGCUGGCCAUCUACGUUCUCGCCCAGUUCUUCUUCAACUUUGGUCCCAACACGACCACCUUCAUCGUCCCCGGCGAGGUCUUCCCGACGCGUUACCGCUCCACCUCGCACGGCAUCUCGGCCGCCUCGGGCAAGAUUGGCUCCAUGAUUGGUCAGGGUGCCAUUUCGACCCUACGGUCGCGUGGUGCGACCCCCGGGAACCCCAGUCCCUGGAUGGACCAUGUGCUCCAGAUUUAUGCCCUCUUCAUGUUCGUCGGCUGCUUCACCACCCUUCUCAUCCCCGAAACGGCCCGGAAGACGCUCGAGGAGCUCUGCGGCGAGGACGACUACACCACCUCCCACCACGACAACGUGGGCGGCGUCUUGGAACGGGUCUCAAACGAAGGGGAGAAGCAAGCGGACAAGACGUCGUAG